AUGUCCAAGAUGGCAGAUAUAGUGCCUUUGGCCGAACUUGGAAAUCGGACAAAUUUGGAAAAUUUUCUUCAAGGUGAUCGUUUAGAAAAGCGAUUUCUGCAGCUGUUUGUGCCUAAGGAUACACCUAAGAAAAAAGAAAAGAAAAAAACGAAGAAGAAAAACAAGAAAACAAAAGAAAAACUGAAAUCAAAGCGUGACAAAGUGUUUGAAGAUGAUCAAUCUCCACUCAUCAUUGAAGUUCCUAGUAACCCGUCAACAUAUGCUGUUUAUGCCAGUGUUCGCCAAGCUGUACUCGAGAACCAGAUCAAAGAAACAACGAAAGAAUAUCUCGCAUCAAAUGUUGUGACGCAUUCUGACUCUGACAGCGACGAGGAUGAGGAAUUGGCAGAUAAAAGUUUGCAGUUAAAAAUUCCAAAAAUUGUUGGUAUAGGACUUUCCAGUGUGUUUGAGCUGAUCCAUGAAACCAAAGAGAAGGUGCCCACACUAUGUACCAGGGCCUUACAAGCUCUCUUAGACAUGUUACAGGGUCAGACACCAGAAGGGUUGAAGCCAGAACCUGUAGAGGUUAUAGAUUCAUUAUUUGAUUUACUACUUGAGUUGGCCAAGACUCCUCUCCCAAACAGUCCUGUCCCAUACUCCAGCUGUGACUCUAUGACAUCACUGGCAUGUUCGGCACUACUGAGUCUCGUAAUCGCCAGGGGAGACACGGGGAAGUUAAUGUGUGCAAUAUCUGAGAUGUUAAUGAGCUCUAAUGUACUUGCAUCACAGACUAUAAAGGUUCCUUGUAUUCUGACAUCCUUGCAAAAGAGUGUCCAGGCAGUGUUGCUAGGCAAAACCCAACACCCAGAGUGGCUGACUCAGGGCAUCAAGCUAGAGGCAAAAACAGGCUCCUUUCUCCUGGAGCAAGACAAAACUGAAGGGACCAGUUCCAUAACAAGUGAUGGAAGAUAUAUUUACAUUUUCAAUAAACAUGGUCUCACUAAAGUAGGCUCUGGCUAUGGCGGAACUAUAAAGGGUAAAGUUUGUAAAGAGAGACAGAUUAAAGAGAACAGUGAAGGCAGAGGUUGGAUAGCACAUUGUAAGGGCAAGCUGUUCUACAGACAGUAUAUGAGUGAUCAACCUGAGCUGAAAAUCUAUGAUGCAGAGACACUUGAACCUGUAGGCAAAACCAGACCAGAAAUAUCCAGUUCUUCUGGCAAUGACGGUGACACAAAUGUGAUGUUUUGCAAUGGAGAAGUCCUGGGCCACAUUGCUAUAGUCAGAGAUGAUUACUUCCUGGUGAGAACAUUUGAUACAACCAAGUCACCAAUGCCUGUAAUAAGUGAAAUACCACUUAAACUUGCCAGAAAAUGCCUGGAUGUGUUUGGGACAGCUUCUUAUGACAGUCAAACAGACAUACAUACAUUAAAUACUGGGUAUGACGAAGACUCUGUCAACAUAGCUGGUGGGAAAGACUUCUGUUUUAUCCGCACCGGAAGUGGGAAGUUGCUCUACACUGGGAAGGCAGCCUCCCUAGGUAUCAAACAAGGUGGACCAGCAGCUGAGAAAUGGGCAGAACUCCCCAUUACAAAGUCCCCAAAGAUCAUACAGUUCUCGGUGGGUCAUGAGGGUCAGCAUGCACUGCUUGUGGGUGAGGAUGGCAGUGUGUUCUUUGUUGGCACCCCCAGACGUGGAGAAGAUGGAGACAGCAGUAUGACAAAAGCUAGAAAGCAGGCCAAGCCUGUAAAACCUAAAAAGAUGAUUCGUAUGGAGAACAAGUCUAUUAUACAGACAGCUUGUAACAAUGGAACCAGUGCUCUCAUCACAAAGGAGGGAGAAGUCUAUAUGUUUGGCAAAGACACCUGUCAUUGUGAUCAUGCUAGCGGCCAUGUGACAGAUCUCAAGGAUCUAGUUGUGACGUACAUGUCUCUUGGUAAAGCGCACGCUGUUGCGCUAACAAACAAAGGUCACAUCUACACAUUUGGUAUCAACAACAAGGGACAAUGUGGAAGAGAGUUUGUAGUGGGAGCUUCAAGAGAAGUGAGUAACCCGGUAACCAUGCUAGAUGAGGAAGAAGUAGAAAUCGAUGACUCUAUGUGUCCACCAGGUAAGCACAAGUGGAAGAGUGAGGCAUGUCUGAUCUGUAGUGUAUGUGGAGAAUGCACUGGCUAUGGAACAAACUGCAUCAGUAGUGGGAGACCUGACCGCAACCCAGGAACUCCGUGUGGCUGUGGAUCGGGAGAUUCAGGAUGUACUGUAUGUGGUGCGUGUAGGACGUGUGCCGGUGAAAGCCUGGAAAAAGACCGCGAAGGGAUGGAUGCAGGUUUACUGGAGAUAUUUGCCAAAUCUAAAGACAUGAUUCCAAUUGAUCUUUUAAUGGGUCGCCAUGGUGCUAGAAACUUUGACCAAUUGAGCAGGAAGUUGGAAGAACGUAGACAACUGAUUCACCAGAGAGCAGCUUCAAAGAAAAAUCUCAAGGAUCAAGAAGCUGAAGUUGACCAUGCAAAGAUAGUGAGUUUACCUCCAGCUCAAAUAACACUGGGAGAUGGCAAGUCACCAUGUAUACAAAUAGCUUGUGGGCUACAACAUACAGUUGCUCUACUGGAGAAUGGUGAUGUAUACACCUGGGGAAGUAAUCAAUAUGGACAGUUAGGACUGACAGACUUCUCUCCAAGGGGUGUCCCUACCAAGGUGAAACUGGACCAUAGAGCCCUUCAGAUUGCAGCUGGGUCAACACAUACAGUUGUAUUGUCAACUAACGGCAAUGUAUACACAUUUGGGAACCAUACAAAUGGCCAGCUUGGGAGAUCAGAACCAACCAAGUUUCCUGAACUUCCUGGGUGUGUUCCAAAAGCCCUCGCACAGAAGUGGCAUGCCUACCCUGCCCUCAUACAGGGAAUCGGGCAUGAGUCAGGGCGAAGAGCAACAUGGAUCGCAGCUAGUGGAGACCAGACAUUUCUACGUAUUGAUGAAUCUCUUAUUAACGUCCAUGUACUGACCAGUGCUACAGUGUUCGCCAAUACUAACUGUAUAGGUAUAAUACCAGGAGGAGAAUAUGGGUCAUCUACCAUCAAGUGCCUCACCAUUAACAACCUAGAUGGCAACUGCAGGAGCUUCAAUGGACCAGAACAGGCUGAUCUUGCCAAUGCCAGUAUAUGUUUUGAUCCUGUCUUUGACACUCUAUGGGCGUACUCUCCAAUCAAUCAUGAGGUGUCAUGCUACAAUGUCAUCAGCCCUGAUGUGCGCAAACUGCAUAUGUCUGGUAGUGAGAUAUCUAGUAUACUGAGCCCUGAACUAGCUGUUCCAGUUCGUAUGGGGACAUUUUCUACAAGGGCACAUGCUGCACUUCAUAUGCUAGCUUGUCUGGACACAUUGACCACUGCCCAACAGCUGAACCUCUCAGUGUAUGAAGAAGACAAAGAAAAGCGAAUACAGACAAAGACUUACUCCAAAGAGGACUAUGCAGUUGUCAAUAGAUUUGAAAGUCAUGGAGGGGGUUGGGGCUACUCUGGCCACUCUAUUGAGGCAAUUAGGUUCAUGGCAGACUCUGAUGUUUUACUAGGAGGGUUUGGAUUGUUUGGUGGCAGAGGGGAAUAUUUUGGUAAAAUCAAGCUCUAUGAGUUGGGGCCUGAGGGUGGUGAACAUGAGACUGAUGGUGAACUACUGGCUGAGACAGAAGAAGUGCCCUAUGAAUGUGGAGCUAGAGAGAAAUUCUCGUUGCUAUUUGAAGAACCUGUGUUAUGUCAGACAAACCACUGGUAUGUAGCUUGGGCCAGAGUGUCAGGGCCUUCCAGUGAUUGUGGCUCUAGUGGUCAGUCAACCAUAACCACCGAGGACCAGGUUGUGUUCAAGAUGAAGAGCUCCAAAAAAUCUAACAAUGGGACAGAUGUGAAUGCAGGCCAGAUACCCCAGCUUCUAUACAGGCUUCCAUCUAACUCAUCCCAGAGUCCAAGCAGGAAAGCUGAACAAUCAGAACCAGCUCAUGUUCUUAGUAGAGAAUUCUCUAGGACAGUCUCACCUGAGUGUUUUAGCUCACUGUUAAACCUACUAGAAUGGGGAUGGAGGACUUUCAAAGCUGCCCUCAACAACACAGUUGGCCUCAAAGGAGACAAUCUGACAGCAGCCAUCUUGGACUUAGAACGUCUGGUGUAUGUGUGUAUGGCCACUCUACGACUGUUGAGAAUAUAUACUUGUGAAGUGUAUCCCAAUGGACCAAUUGAGAAAAAGACCCCUGCUGAUAGUAUACGAAAGGCAGAAUGUGUGUAUAAGGCAAGGGGUCUCUUAAAGAAGAUCCUCUCUGAGGGGAUGCCACCAUCUUUGAACAAUCACACAAAAGAUACAAACUUAAAGCCAAGUGACUCUCUUAAGGCCCCCAUGUUAAAUAUGGCCAGUAAAAUCCUACAAGAAUGUCACAAGACCUUCACAGCGUGCUUCCAUGCUUUCUACCCCACUGGGGAACUAAAGUGGAUCUGCCUUUGCGAUCUUCUCAACAGCAUUGACCCUUAUGUUGGGACAUAUCACGUAUACAAUAAGCAGAUGCCAGAAAAAUUGAGCGAGAAUGACAAGCCUCCCAGUGACCGCCUCCUAUCAGCCUUCAUGGAAGCUCUCUGUCAGCCUACCGUGAAAUUGACCAGUAUUCUACCAAUUAAUUGUCACCAUGAGACGGAACUGAUCCUGAAGAAACAGUUUGGGAGCCCAGAUGAUAAUACAAAUAGUUCUGCCCAAUCUGUCGACCAGUGCAAGUUCUUACUACUCACAAGCAUCAUGCGGUACAAUACUCAGAUGGAGGGAGUGGUGAGUGGGAAUUGUUCCUUCAAGGAAUUCCUUGACAAACUCUUAACAAUAGCAGUUUUACCAGUAAGACAGGCCCUGUAUGGUGAGCCUGUCACUUACCCAGAGUCUCUUGUCUCUAAUACAUGUUCACUAAUUGCUGCAGUGGUCAGUGAGCUCUCUGCAGCUGCUACAGGGUCUGAGGGUGAGAUAGAUGGCCAGACCAGGCCUCUACUGACCACGCCCAAUAGGUACACUCGCACCACCCAGAACAAGUACUGGAACACAGGGGGAGGAUCUCCAGAUGCUGUAGCAUUCACCGUUGACCGCAGUGGCAUCAUGAUAGCAGGUGUCUGUGUGUACGGCGGUGGUGGGAGUUAUGACUACCAACUUGAGCUAUUGGACGAUCAAAGUAGUGGAGGUGGGGACUCCUUCCAUUCACAGAAGUGGAACAACAUUGAGUCAAUCAAGGGAAGCUAUGGGCCCGAUGACCUCACCAAUGAUGUGGCUGAACUGAAGUUUGAGAAACCUGUACCUAUAAGGGAAGGUGUACGUUAUGCUGUGAGGUUCCGUAACUAUGGUGACAGAACACUGAAUGGUGAUAGUGGAUUAAACAAAGUUAAAGGGCCAGAUGGGACUACUUUCUCGUUCUUUGCCUGUUCACUCAGUACAAAUGGUACAAACCACACUAGAGGACAGAUUCCACAACUGCUUUACUAUAGUGCACCACAAGAAGGAGAGAACCAGAUCCAAAAUAGUAAAGUCCUUGCAGAAUUCCAAUCUCGCAAGAAUGCAGUUGGCGUUGCAAGCUCAGUGAUACGUGCGGUGACUGAUUUACUACAUAGAGCAAACACGUGUUCAGAUGAAAUAGGCAACAUAAUUGGAGGGUCACAUAUAUUUUCCUCUCUCCUGCCAUUGGUUCUGGCUUACAUUGGUCCAGUAGCAUCACAAGAUCCAAGGUGUGCUGUACAAGUGUUGAGUCUUGUACAAGAAAUGUUGCCACCUAUUGCUGAGUUGAACAGUCAGUUGCACCCAAUACUACCUGGGUUACGAGAGGGGGAACUUGGCAAUGGUAAUGGUAAUGGGCGCAAUGAUGAAGGAAUGGUUCCCCAUUAUGCCAUGGUUGAGAGUGAUCACCCAUAUAAACCAGCAACUGUGGCCAACUAUAAGGUGACAUUUCCUGAUUCUGUCAAGUGGCUCUCUCUUGAGUUUGAUCCUCAGUGUGGGACUGCACAGAACGAGGAUAUUCUCCAUGUGUCAAUCCCUAGUAACUCAGUCACAACAAUAGAGGGCUCUACUGAGGUGGUGAAAUCAUGGAACGUCAUGAGGAAACUUUCUGGCACCACUAAUUGGCCACAAAUGGCUGUGAUACUAGCAGGAAAUGAGGUAUCGUUUAGCCUUGAGACAGCAAGUGACUAUGUGAAAGAUGAAAAGGCUUGUUUCUAUGGAUUUAGAUGUGCUGUAGUGGGAUAUGAAUGGACCUCAAGACCUGAAGAUACAUUAAGCCAACUGGAAAAGGAAGUAUCGUAUCUAGGAGGCAUGUGUGCCAGUGCACUGAUUAGGAAGGACAUCAUACUUCCCCCUGCUUCAGUUGAUGAAAUGGAUGAAGACUUGGAUAUCAUAGAGGAAGGGGCUCAAGAGGUGUUCCAAGCCCACUCACACAUCCUCAGUAAAGGGUUUGCUCUCUCCCAUCCUCCUACAAUCAGCCAAGCCUUAGAAGGAAGCCUACCAUUUAGCUGGCAAUCCAAUGAAAGAUCUUUCCUCAAGGACUUUGUAGCAUGUGCCCCAGGCACCAGUGGUGGAAGACUGGCAGGAUGGUUGCAGCCAGACUCCUACUUAGACCCAAAGCAAUGUAACAUUCUCUACAAUAAGGAUGAGUUGAAAUGUGGGUGGCCUGCAGUGAUUACAGUACAAACCAAAGAUCAAUAUGGGGAACUGGUACAUGUGCCAAAUCUGAGGGUUGAAGUGAAGGCUGUCCCUAUAGAUCAAGAUGAUGACCAGCGCAAGAUUAGACGUAUGAGUCGACCAGAUGACCACAAUCUAACCUUUGGUGGGCACCCUGCCCCUGAUCUAAGCGCCCCCUAUCAGGUGACCCUCAAAGACAGAAAAGUGGCUUUCCACUCAAUUUGCAUGAUGAAGCAAUAUGAGAACUACUCAUUUGAAGAGCUCAGGUUUGCUGCCCCUGCUGUGAGACGCCCCAGUGAGAAUAUGUUAGUCAGACCCAUGGAGAAUGGAACAUAUAGCUCUAGUUGGACACCUGGCAGUGUGGGCUACUACAACAUACAUGUCAACAUAGAUGGCAUGGACAGUGGUGAGAUCUAUAAGGUGCAUGUUAAGGAGCCUCCUCAAGGUGUAGCCCCUCCCACUGAGCAGGCCAAGAAACCAGAAUAUACACCAAGCAAGAUGAGAAAGUUUGUGGCCCAAUAUAGUGCUGGACUAAGGAUCCGUGUUAACCCAUCUCUGCAGUCUGAACAAGUGGGAAUAAUUAAACCAAAUGGCGUCAUUGGCUUCAUUGAUGAGUUACACAAUGAUGAUGGUGUGUGGCUACGACUUCUCCCAGAGUCCAUAAAGAAAUGGUGUACAAAUGGCCACUGUAAUAUCCAUGAAGCCUGGGCCUUGCAAUACAACCAACACCUGGGGAAGACCCUACUUGUCCCUGUGGAGGAACCAAAAUCUAUACUUGAUGAAAUAAUCAAGGAGACAAUACUAAGACGCUUGCCUGAGAUUAUUAGAGAUAAAAGUAGAAUCAGGAAGGGUGGACCCGGAAACUACCAUGUAGUGAAGUGUGGCUCCUCUGGCCAUAAUAUUCGCUGUCGGCCCAACCUGAAAGCGACACCUAUUGGCAUGAUGGUACUUGGAAAUCAAGUCAUGGUCACAGAAGAGAUGACCAAUGCUGAUGGGACAUGGGUGAAGCUGGACAAGGACGCUAUGUUACAUUACUGCCAUGAGACUGAGGGUGAGGCCUGGUCUCUAGCUAGGGCACCUGACCCAGACCUUGUCUACUUGCAACAUGAACUGGAUAUCAAUGCAGAGAUCACAGAACCAAAAGCGGGUCCAUUUAGUUUUGGCCAGCCUCCCUUGUCAGCCCCAGCAACAUCACAAACCAAGGGUUUUGACUUCACCACUGCCACGUCAUCCACAGCGCCAUCUUUUGGAUUUGCAUCCCAACCCCAAUUGUCGUCGCAGGGUGAUGGACCAGUAACUCCCCCUGGUGGUACGUCAUCAGGGAGCAAGUUUGUGUUUGGCAAUAGUGCCGCAUCAGCACCAGGAAUUCCCCAGAUUCCCGCAUUUGGACAAUUUGAUACCAAAUAUGGUAGUGGUGCAUCAUUCGGGUCGUCAUUUGGUGAAAGUGAUCAUGAGACUCACAAGACGGUCAGGUUUGGCCUAGCAGAGGAUUUUAGGUCACCCAGUAUAGACUCUCCAAGAUUCCCAGGAUCAGCAUCCCCUAGUGAGCAUUCAUUCUCCUCCUCCCCCAGGAAAGGCUCCAGCUCUGAGUCCCCCCUUUUCAGCCCCAGGGGGACACUGGAGAGGCAAGAGAGCCUCAAUUCUGAUCUACCCCCAGAACUACAGGGCGUAUCUGUGAAAGAACUAGUCAAAGCUCUAGGAGAGAGCAGGGCUAAUGGUAAUGGUGCUACACCUCCAAUGACACCCCCUGGAACACCUAAGAAGUCAUCCAGAAAUUCUAGUCCUAGGAGCUCUAGUCCUAUGCCCAUUCAACGUUCACCAAGGUCAAGUAUGUCAGCACUGCCCCCUGGUAGUCCUAGGAGGGAGCCAUUCACCUCUGCCUCCCCACGUAGAGAGAGUCCCCUAAAUGACCUUAAUAUUGGCUCUCCAAGGUCGAGGUCACCUGGUCUAGGGUCAGGGAGGUCAUCUCCAGUGAGGCUUCCUGGGACACCACCACAGAGAAAGGAUUCUGGGACAUUCUCAACACCUCCUCAGACACCUCCUCUGUCACGACGUGACCUCCACACAAGUCCUAGGUUUGAGUCACCAACACGCAGCCCAAACAGGAUGUCUGGCAGCCCUAGCAAAGCAGUAGCUAUAGUUAAAGCCCAGGAGCCAGGCCCACCUGGUCAACCAGGUCACUUCAGUAUAGGCAGCUCAUCACCUAAAGAGGAAGCUCCUCUCAGGAUGUCACCAAAAUUGUCACGUAAGGAUAGUCGAAGGUCAUCGCUACGAAGUCGUCGUGAUCGGACAGGAUCUCCCUCUACAAGAGGUCAUGGGUCACCUGCUACAAGGUCAAGGUCGGGGUCAUUUCAGAAAGAGGCUGUAAAAGAAGCGUUAUCACCAUCAAGUGCAGAAUGCAUGCGUGCAGUGUUUGCUGCAUUCUUAUGGCACGAGGGAAUAGUUCAUGAUGCGAUGGCAUGUGCUUCAUUUUUGAAAUUCCACCCGAAUUUGAAAAAGGAGUUUAAGACGUUUGUUACAAAAAUGAAACUCGGGAUGGAUGAAAGAAGAAGCUCUGCGGAAACAGUUAAUCAGAAUUUAAACAAAGUACAGGCCUUAAAGAACCAGGAUAGAUUCCCACAGUCAGCCUCUGAUCCCUUAAUUCAGCUGAAUAAGGAGAGACACAAAUCAGAAAGUCAUAUCUCUCGUGUAAAGAAGCUUGAGAAAAAAUUGGCAAAAGAUGGUACGAAGGAUUCAAAACUUCCACCAACUUUACAACAUCUUGUAUCGUUCUGGGAGGAAAUGUCUGAGUCGACCAUGCGUGUCAUAGAGGACAACAUUAUCAUGCCUAGCCCAGCUGUAAAUGCUAAAAUAAGUAAACGCAUUGAGAAAAAGGACAAUGAUGCGAAGAAUCGCGACAAGAAGGCCCGUAAGAAGAAGGACAAACCUGGAAAUGGACUGCGGGGAAAUCUUUUCGGGGAAGCAGCAGGUGGGAUGCUGGGUAAUGGUAGAGAGACGAUCUGUGAGCUUUGUGGGGGGUCCUACCCCCACCCUGUGACGUACCAUAUGCGGCAGUCACAUGCAGGUUGUGGUCAUCAUGCUGGGGGUCAAGGGUACAACAGUAGUGGCAAUUACUGCGAUGGAUGGGCGGGGAACUGUGGUGAUGGGGGAAUAGGUGGCAGUAGUUGGUAUCUUCUAUGUAAAUACUGCCGGGAUAAAUACAUCCGUGAGAAAAAACAAACAAGUAAAGAAAAAGUGAAAAAAGUACGGAGGAAAUCAAGUAUACAGCUGAAGCAAUCACCCGUCACUCCCAAUGAUGCGGAACCACACAUCAUAAUGAAAAACAACGCCCUCUUUCUGUUGGAGCUUGCGAGUGCAUCGGGGAUUAGUCUCCCAGUGUCUUCCCAACAGUCUCCAAAACACCCGAUGCAUCCGAUACGCCAAGAUUCAGGAUGGAUCCUCCCCAGUGUCAAUGAGCUGGAAAGCAUCUCAGAGAAUUGCCCAUUUCAGUCUGUCCCGUUUCUUUACCUGGUACGACAAGGGGCGCAUAAUGCUGACUCAGCAUUUGCUGAUGAGGUCAUUGUUGAUGGUGCAAGGAUACCAUUCAAAAGGUCAGACUCUAUUGAGGGUCAAGGUCAUCAGAAGAGGUCAUCAGUACAUGGGACAGACCUGAGCCACAUCCUUCACAGGGGAAUGUCAGUUGGGAGCCAAGAGUUCAAGAACAGAUCUUGUAAAAUGUCAAAAUCACAGGAGACGCCUCCGCCUACCCCCCAGGAUGGAGAAUCUGUCCCUUUAAAGCCUCUCCCCAAGAGUGCAGGAACCAGCCCUGAGGAACCAAUGAAGAAGGUGAUAUUUACACGCAGCGUGUCUGAAUAUGCUGAGAACAAUAUCAAUGACAACAAUCGGCCAUUUAAUCCACGACGUAGAAAUAACAGUGGAGGAGCUGGAGAUGGUGGGCUUUCACUGCUGAAAAAUCCAUCAGCUGCCAUGACAAAGUUAAUAGAGGGCAGCACCGAUAAGGGCCCAGCUAGAGGUGAUCAGAAUCCUGUUAUGGCAUUCAUUGUGCAACGUCACAACCUUGAUGCUUUGCAGCUAGCCAUGAGGCAAGGACUACGCAAGGCCGCUUGCAGGGUUCAUGCCUUUCAGGCAAUGAACUGGCUGAUAAGAAGUAUCACACAGACAUCAUGCUUCCAUGAUCUAUUCUGGUUCUUUGUCUCCGCCCUUAUGCCUCUUCCCCAUGACAACCAGGAGGAGACUGAUGUUGAAAAAGAUGGGAAAGAGAAACAGGAAGAAGAUCUACAAAUGCAGCUAGCAAAACAACCUGUCAGUAUUUUCUCUUCCAAAGAGGAUAAAGAUGUUAUAAUGUGCGAACACCCAUUGUCUGACAUCACAAUAGCAGGUGAAGCAGUCAACCCCCUCCCAGCAGCAUUUCACACUCUGCUUCAAACAAUUGCAGAUGUUAUGAUGCAUCUGCCAGCCAGUAGUGGUUUACAGCAAAUGGCAGUGAGAUGUUACUGUUUAAAGUUCAACCAAGCUGACCACUCAUUCCUUCAUAAAUCCCAUGUGUUCAGUAACAUCAGUAAGAUCCUCUCUAAGUCUGAUGAGGAAGGAGAUGACUCCUCCAUUGCAACAGAUAAUGCACAGAAUGGUAUCCAGGUCCACUUGAUGAAGGAUCUCAUGUCUCAGGCUGUCAUCAAAGCCUCAAGCAGACAAGCCAUGAUUGCCAGUCUCACAGACAACACUACAGAGACUUUCUGGGAGAGCGGGGAUGAAGAUCGCAACAAAACCAAGUCUAUUACAAUCACGUUCAAUAAUGAAUCAAUUCCAAAGAUUAUUUAUGUGCACAUAGACAACUCUAGAGAUCUAGCUAACAAGGUGACCCAGAUUGGCUUCCACUUUGGGAUGACAUCAGAUGAUAUGACCCUCAUCAAACAGGUUGAUUUAGAAAAUCGCUUCACUGGAUGGGUGAGCUGCAAUUUAUGCCAGGAGAACUACCCUGUUCUGAAACUCACCAUGAAGGGACCUGACAAUAGCCUUAGAGUCAGACAGGUUAAGAUACUAGGUCAGCCAGCUGGGGAGAAUACUCUACUAGCCAAACAGUUAUCUGAUCAACACUACCAGAAGAAGAACUGUGAGAGUGAAACAUUGAAAGUAUUCAGGUUACUAACAUCACAGGUAUUUGGUAAACUUAUUCCUGAAGAGGCUGGUCCUGCUGAUGUUAACUUAGAUGAUGUGGAUGGUGAAGAGAAGAACGAGGGAGAGAUUGACCUAAAGGAACACAUGGUUGGAAUAUUGUUCUCAAGGAGUAAGCUGACUCAUCUACAAAAACAGGUGUGUGCACAUAUAGUUCAGGCCAUACGUAAGGAGACACAGCGAGUACAAGAAGAGUGGGAGGCAUUGUUGACGACAUGUACGCCAGCAUAUGAUGUGGACGAUAGGUCCUCUGACAGUUACUGCUUUGAGCUUCUCUCUAUGGUGCUAGCCCUGAGUGGGUCAGGUGUUGGUAGGAAGUAUAUUGCACAGCAACAUGAUCUACUCACUGAUUUGUUGAACCUUCUACACACUGCUACACCUAGAAUACAACGACAGGUGACGUCCCUCCUAAGACGUGUUCUUCCUGAUGUCUCUCCUCAUAUUCUCGCCAAUGUUCUUCAAGUCCAAAAUCUUCCACCACGUGACUACAGCAUUAUCUCAGACACAUCAAAGGCUGAAGAUGGGGACAUCAUUGAUCCCAAAAAGGCAGGAAUUCUAGAUGUGUUUUUGGCGGUGAUUGCAAAAGCUUUGACAGUUCAAAUGAAAGUGAAAGGUGGAACAGGCGGUAAAGGUGUCACAAGUGUGACACUCAAUGAUUGCCUAGCAACCAGACAUCAGUCUGGGAACAGGUGGUUCCUUAAAGGUACCAUGUCAACCCAGCAGGCCACCAGUAUUGUAACACUGCUCAAAGAUAUGGCAGCUGGUAAGCUGGCAGAAAACUGGGCCACUGUCACCAAAGGGGCUAUUGCAGAGGCUAUAUUGAACCUAACCAAACUGGAAGAGAGACUUAGGACAUCAUCUGAAUGUAUAAAAGUACCAACUAUGUGGCUAGCUCUAGCAUCUUUGUGUGUAUUGGAGCAAGAACAUGUCGAGAGGCUGUCAUCCGGCCAAUGGGUGACCAGCGAUGGCGAGAGAUCCCAGUCACGGCCUACAUGUGACAAUCAUGAUGAUGGAUUGACACCUGCCAUUAUACUUUGUAAUGACUGUGGCAACCUAUGUACAGACUGUGACAAGUUCCUACAUCUGCACAGUAGAACCAAGUCCCAUCAAAGACAGGUGUUUAAAGAGGAGGAAGAGGCCAUCAAGGUUGAUUUACAUGAGGGUUGUGGCAGGACUAAGCUCUUCUGGAUCAUGGCCCUGGCAGACUCCAACACAUUAAAGGCCUUGGUGGAGUUCAAAGAAGGGGCUAAAAGUGGGAAGCCCAGCAAUACAACUGGAGUGUGUAGGUUCUGUGGCACCAGCUGUGAUAGUGGUCUUGUUUCUGUAGUAGGAUGUGUCUGUCAGGAACCAGAAUGUCAAGAGAAUGCAAAAGAUGCAUGUGUAAAAACACUCCCAUGUGGUCAUAGAUGUGGAGGUAUUAAAGACGAGAUGACAUGCCUGGCGUGCUUACAUGGGUGCACCAAUGGACAUAAAGAAGGCUUAAAACAGGACGCUGAUGACAUGUGCAUGAUAUGUUUCACAGAGGCAUUGUCUAGUGCACCUGCCAUUCAGCUCCACUGUGGUCAUGUGUUCCACAAGAGAUGCUGUGAAAGGGUCCUAGAAAGUAGAUGGAGUGGUCCAAGGAUUACAUUUGGAUUCUCUCACUGUCCAAUAUGCAAGGGUGAUAUCUCUCACAAGGUGCUAUCAGAGAGACUCAGGCCAAUUCAGAUGUUAUUUGAGGAUGUGAAGAGGAAGGCGUUGAUGAGACUCGAGUAUGAGGGCUUGCACAAGGCAGAGGCCAUCACCACACCUGGUACAAGGUUCUACAAAGAUCCUGCAGGGUAUGCCAUGGACAGAUAUGCCUACUAUGUCUGCUUCAAGUGUAAAAAGGCGUACUAUGGUGGUGAGGCAAGAUGUGAUGAGCAGCUAGCAGGAGAUGACUACAACCCUGCAGAACUGGUGUGUGGUGGCUGUUCUGAUGUCUCAAGAGCCCAGAUGUGUCCAAAACAUGGCACUGAUUUCCUAGAGUACAAGUGCAGAUAUUGCUGUUCAGUUGCCGUUUUCUUCUGUUUUGGGACAACUCACUUCUGUAACCCAUGUCACGAUGACUUUCAGAGAGUCACCAACAUGCACCCCAGUGAACUGCCUCAUUGUCCUGCAGGGCCACGUGGAAAGCAGUUGGAAGUUGAGGAGUGCCCCUUGCAUGUGGACCAUCCCCCCACAGGGGAGGAGUUUGCCUUGGGUUGUGGGGUGUGCAGGAAUGCACAUACAUUUUAGUGAGGGACGUAACUUACUUCAAGCUACCCUAUGGGACAAGACAUAGGAUUGAUCAAAGAACAUUUAAUGGAGGUAUUCCUCUCCACAUAACCCUAUUUAGCUUUUUAAGUUUGAAAUGGACUAUUUGCAGUAUUAUUUAAAUCUACAGUUACAAUCUGAAUUGGAGCGAUUAUUGUAGCGACUGAAUGGAUGAUGCCAUAAUGAGUUAAAUAUUUGUAAUUUUAAUGAAUUAUCUUAGUAAUAUGUCAGUGUUUAAAAGGAAGAAUGCUGACAUAUGAGUUAAAAUGGCAACCUGAAUAUGUCAGUGUUUAAAAGG